AUGUCAUUUUGGGCCCAGCUGAUGUUGCUGCUAUGGAAGAAUUACACCUACCGCAAGAGACACCUGAUUCAACUGCUCAUCGAGAUAUUGUGGCCCCUUUUCCUUUUUUUCAUUCUUAUCACUGUCCGUCGGUUCCACCUACCCUCCCAGCACCACGAAUGUCACUUCCCCAAUAAGCCAAUGCCUUCAGCGGGUAUGCUUCCCUGGCUCCAAGGCGUUGUUUGCAAUAUGGGGAACCCCUGCCACCGCUAUGCCACACCUGGGGAAGCCCCUAACGUCCUGAGCAACUUCAACGAGACCUUGAUCUCCAGGUUCCUGGCCGAUACUUGGAAGAUACUGGUGCCCCCAAUUUUAUCUUUGACAGACCUGUGCAAUUCCUCCACACUGAACAUCUGGUUCCAUGCCUCUGAAUCCCUAAAGGAAGGCCUGUGUGCCCUUCCCCCAAAAGAGCUCCAAGCCAUCGGGGCCACCUUCCUAACCCAGGCAGAUCCAACUCUGUUGCAUGCUGGUCUGAUGUCCAGUCGAGUACAGCCAAAUGCCAAGGCUGUGGGUGAAUUCUUGGAGGCCUGGAGUGCCACAAGCCAGGAGAUCUCUUCCCUGCAUAGUGGAGCAGAGCUUUUGGAAGAGCUGCAAAGGUCCCCAGGAGCAGAUGGCCCCCUGGAAGGAAUGUCUCGAAUCAUAUCUCCCUUCUGCCGGAAGCUGAUUGCAUCCAUGGAGGAACAUUAUGUAUCUCGGAUGAUUUGGUGGAGGCUCAAACCCUUGGUCAAUGGCAAGAUCCUGUAUACGCCUGACACAUUGCUCACCCAAAGAAUCAUGAAGGAGGUGAACCAGACAUUCCACAGUCUGGCCUUGCUGAAGAACUUUUUUGGCCUUUGGGAGGCAUUCAGCCCGCAAAUCUCCCAAUUUAUGAGGAACAGCACUGAUAUAUCACUCCUGGAGUUCCUCCAAAAGAUGUUCCGCAUCUCCUCCUGGGAAGAGAGGCUGAAGCACUCCAGGAACAGGACAUGGCCCAUCCACAUCUUCCCAAGGUCAGAUAAUGAUACUUCAGCUUGGAAUAACACCCAGAAAGACUUGACCUAUAUAUUGAACAAAAUGGGAAAAAUCCUGCAGUGUACUUCUCUGGACAAAAUAGAGGCAUUUGCAACAGAAGAUGAGCUGGUAGUACGAGCCUUGGAUCUGGUGGACAAGCGACGUUUCUGGGCGGGCAUUGUCUUCCUGGGGCUCCAGAAAGGGAGAACUAGCCACAUCCGAUUCAAGAUCCGGAUGGAUGUUGAUGAUGUCACCAAGACAAAUAAAAUCAGAAACAGAAUCUGGGAACCAGGUCCAGCAGCUGAUCCCUUCAUGGACAUGCGCUAUGUGUGGGGUGGCUUCGUCUAUCUUCAGGACCUCGUGGAGGGGGCAAUCAUUCGGGUGCUGAGUGGCACUACCCGCCCUCUCAGCAUCUAUGCGCAGCAGAUGCCCUACCCCUGCUUUGUAGAUGAUGUAUUCCUUCGAAUGCUGAAUCGAUCGAUGCCACUUUUCCUGACUCUCGCUUGGAUCUACUCUGUGGCACUGAUAGUGAAGGGAGUUGUCCAAGAGAAGGAGGAUCGACUCCGGGACACUAUGCUCGCCAUGGGCCUGAACCGUGGUGUCCUCUGGAGCAGCUGGUUUAUCAGUAGCCUCUUCCCGUUCUUGGUCAGCAUCAGCUUUCUCGUUCUUAUCCUCAGGCAGGGGAACAUCCUCUCCUAUAGCAACCCCCUAGUCAUCUUCCUCUUCUUCACCGCCUUUGCCAUAGCCACCAUCUGCCAGAGUUUCCUGUUCAGCACUUUCUUCUCCCGAGCCAAUGUGGCAGCUGCCUGUGGAGGCCUCCUUUACUUCUCCCUCUACCUCCCCUAUGUGCUCUGCGUGGCCUGGAGGGAACAACUGCACCCAGUCGCGCGCCUGGCUGUGGGUCUGCUAUCUCCAGUGACCUUUGGCUUUGGCUGCGAGUACUUAUCCCUCUACGAGGUGCAGGGUGUGGGCAUUCAGUGGCACAACUUGGGCCAGAGCCCUAUGGCUGGCGAUACCUACAACAUGGCACUGUCUCAGUCUCUGCUCAUCUUCGAUGCUGGAGUCUACGCUUUGGCCACCUGGUACAUCGAGACCAUCUUCCCUGGUCAGUAUGGAAUCCCUCAGCCCUGGUACUUCCCCUUCCGGAAGAGCUACUGGUGUGGAGAGCAGACAUCAGCCAGCCAGUACCAAGCAGCCUCCAGUGAUGUCCCACCCCAGGGUAAGUCCCUCAUCCCCUCCCCAAUAGGUUUCUCAUCCCCUAGAGUGUUGAUGGAAGAACCAUCGCCAGAGCUGCAGGUGGGUGUGUCACUUCGGAACCUGGUGAAGUACUACCCCGGCUGUAGCCGCCCAGCCCUUCAAGGGCUCAGCCUGGACUUCUAUGAGGGCCACAUCACCGCCUUCUUGGGCCACAAUGGGGCUGGCAAGACCACAACCCUAUCCAUCCUCAGUGGCCUCUUUCCCCCGACCCAAGGAUCAGUCUUCAUCCUCGGCCAAGACGUCAGCUCCAACAGGACAUUUGUGUACCAAAACAUGGGCGUCUGUCCCCAGCAUAAUGUGCUCUUUGAUACACUCUUGGCUAUGCUGGAAUAUCAUCCCCAUCUCUCAGGUGGGAUGCAGAGGAAGCUGUCCAUAGCCAUUGCCUUCGUGGGUAACUCCCGAGUCGUCAUCCUAGAUGAACCUACAGCUGGUGUGGACCCAUUCUCCCGACGAGACAUCUGGGAGCUGCUUCUCAAAUAUCGGCAUGGUCGCACAGUGAUCUUGUCCACGCAUUACAUGGAUGAGGCAGAGCUCCUGGGAGACCGUGUGGCAGUGAUCGCGAAGGGUCAGCUGCGCUUCUGUGGGUCCCCCCUCUUCCUCAAGAGUCGUCUGGACACAGGCUACUAUCUGACGCUGGUGAAACACCAGCCACCUGCGCCCCACAAGGUCGAGAGAGUGAGGUCUCAGACCAAUCAGGACCAUGGCGCACUAGAAGAGAACCCAAGCAAUGACCUGGAAAUCAAUGAAAGGCCAGCUAGUGCCAUUGACGUGGUCCAACUGCUGGCCUUUGUGCAGAAGUUUGUCCCUGGAGCACAGCUGGUGGAAAAUCUGGGCCAUGAGGUGGUGCUGACCCUGCCAGGUGCUGGUGCCCAUAAUGGGGCCUUUGGGAAGCUAUUUCAGGAGCUGGACAGCCACCGGGAAGAGCUUGGCAUCUCAGACUAUGGGAUCUCAGAUACCACCUUGGAGGAGAUCUUCAUGAAGAUGGCCAAGGACAGUGGAGUCGAUACAGACCCAGGAGCAGAAUCCCAGGAGAGCGGUGAGGACAACGCAAAGGAGAACAGCAGAGCGGGAGCACCCAAUUCUGUAGAAAUGCAGGCUCUGGACGGAAUGCCGAGUACCUCUGAGAAACUGCAGGACUGGGCCCUCAUCUGGAGCCAGUUCUGGGCCCUGUUCAUCAAGAGGUUCCAUUAUGCCCGCCGCAGUCGCCGAGGACUUUUUGCUCAGAUUGUGCUCCCUGCCUUCUUUGUGGGCCUGUCACUCUUCAUCAGCCUCUUUGUGCCCACAUUUGACCACUACCCACCCCUGGAAAUCACGCCAAGCAUGUUUGGACCCCAGAUCUCUUUUUUCAGUGAGAAUGACCCUGGAAACCCUAGAUAUGCCCAGAUUUUGAAUGCCCUCCUGACAUCACCCAGUUUCUGUGUGAAGAAUAUCUCAGACCCAAGGCAGAACUGUAUCCAUCCCGACAACCUGAGCUUCUGGACACCCCCAGUAUCCAAGGCUGUGGCUAAACUCUUGGCCACAGGCAACUGGACCAUGCAAAACCCAUCCCCUGAGUGCAAAUGCAGCAGUGCCAAGGUCCUGAAGAUGCUCCCUAACUGCCCAGAAGGAGCAGGGGGCCUUCCACCUCCCCAGAUAUUGACGGGCCAAGGAAGUGUUAUGCAGAAUCUGACAGGAAGAAAUAUCUCAGACUAUUUGGUUAAAACCUAUACUCGGCUCAUCCAGCAGGGGCUAAAGUCCAAGAAGUAUGUCAGUGAGAUCAGGUAUGGGGGCUUCUCCCUGGAGGGUAACCCGAACCCAAACAUGGGAACAGAGAAACAAGAAAUCCUCAACACCAUCGAGGAUCUUCAAAGCAUAUUCUAUGGCUUUCAGAACAAGGUGGUGCAUCAGCUGCUUCAGAAUCUCAGCACCUGGGUCAAGAAAGUAGACUCACAUGAUAGUGUGGAGGUCUGGUUUAACAACAAGGGAUGGCAUUCCAUGGUGGCCUUUAUCAACUUGAUGAACAAUGGAUUCCUGCGAGCUAACCUGCCCCCAGGGACUGACCCCCAGGCCUACAACCUCACCGUUAUUAACCAUCCCCUCAGCCUCACCAAGGAACAACUCUCGGAGGUCACACUGAUGGCCUCUUCAGUGGAUGUGCUGGUGUCCAUCUGUGUGCUCUUUGCCAUGUCCUUCAUCCCAGCCAGUUUUGUGCUCUUCCUCAUUGAGGAUCGAGUCAGCCAAGCCAAGCACCUACAGUUCCUAGCAGGCCUGCCUCCAAAUCUCUACUGGCUGGGCAAUUUUGCCUGGGACAUGUGUAACUACCUGAUACCAACAAUACUCGUCGUGUUCAUCUUCCUGGGUUUCCAGCAGCAGGCGUAUGUGUCCUCACAGAACCUGCCUGCCCUCCUCUUGCUGCUGUUGCUGUAUGGCUGGUCCAUCACUCCGCUCAUGUACCCAGCCUCCUUCCUGUUCUCGGUACCCAGCACAGCCUAUGUGAUCCUGACCUGUCUCAACCUCUUUAUUGGCAUCAAUGGCAGCAUGACCACUUUUGUCCUGGAGCUCCUUUCCAACGAGAAACUGCAAUAUGUGAACCGGGUCCUGAAGAAAAUUUUCCUCAUUUUCCCGCAUUUCUGCCUGGGCCGAGGGCUCAUUGACAUGGUUCGGAACCAAGCUAUGUCAGAUGCCUUCCUGUACCUGGGAGAUGAUGAAUUCGUGUCCCCACUGAGUUGGAACUUGGUUGGCAAGAACCUAUUUGCUAUGGGGGUGCAGGGGCCUAUCUUCCUUCUCAUAACUCUUUUCCUGCAGAACCGAGGCUGGAUUCUACCCAGGUUAGCCCCAGGGAGGUUGGGAGAGGACCAAGAAGAAGAUGAGGAUGUGCAGAAGGAGCGGGAACGGGUUCAUCAGGGGGCCACCCAGAAAGAUGUCUUAGUGCUGAAGGACCUGACCAAGAUAUAUCCAGGCCAUAAGAAGCCAGCUGUGGACCAUUUGUGCUUGGGAAUCCCCCCAGGAGAGUGUUUUGGGCUCCUGGGGGUAAAUGGGGCAGGGAAGACAACCGUGUUUCGAAUGGUGACGGGGGACAUCGAGAUAAGUGAAGGUGAUGCCAUCCUCAUGGGCUGCAGCAUCCUGACUGACCUGCAGACAGCCCAGAACCACAUGGGCUAUUGCCCCCAGUUUGAUGCCAUCACAGAAUUGUUGACUGGCCGAGAGCACCUGGAAUUUUUCUCUCGACUUCGGGGAAUACCUGAGAAAGAUAUUGCCCAGGACGUACAGUUGGGCCUGACCAAGAUGGGACUGCUACAUUAUGCAGACCAGAUCUCAGGGAGCUAUAGCGGUGGGAACAAGAGAAAGCUGUCCACUGCUAUUGCCCUGGUGGGAGGACCACCCAUCAUCUUCCUGGAUGAGCCUACCACAGGAAUGGACCCCCAAGCCCGUCGCUUCCUCUGGAAUAGUGUCCUAAGAAUAGUCAAGGAGGGAUGCUCUGUAGUGCUCACCUCACACAGCAUGGAAGAGUGUGAGGCACUCUGUACCCGCUUAGCCAUCAUGGUGAAUGGGCGUUUCCAGUGCCUGGGCAGUGUCCAGCAUCUUAAGAACAGGUUUGGAGAGGGCUACACAGUGUCUCUGCGAGUGCCCACCUCCCAUCCAGGGCCAGCCCAGGACUUCAUGAAGACUGUUUUCCCCAGCGCCCUGCUCAAGGAACAUCAUGGCUGCCUGAUCCGCUAUCAGCUGCCCGCUGGGCACUGCCCACUGGCUCUCAUCUUCGAUGAAUUAGCCACCCACAGCCCCCGCCUGGGCAUUGAAGACUUCUCUGUGACCCAGACCACACUUGACCAGGUAUUUAUUUAUUUUGCAAAGGACCAAGGUAAGGAAGCCAACUACUCCCAGCCCUGAGUCAAGUUCCCAGAGCCCUAACAUGGGCAGCUGCUUUCUGAAGGACAUCAGUAUGACCGAAAGCUCAGUCUGAUCCAACAGAUGAAUGGACAGACAGGUGGACUCUCUAGCCAGGAGCCUGUCUCCUGGAAUGGAAGGAGGGAACUUUGGGAUGUCCAUGCCCUGGGACAGCUACCACCACCACUUGUCCCCUGUCUGUGCUUCUACCAGCCCCCAUGGACUUACCCCACCCCUUGCCCAAACUAGUAAGAGGCUGGGCAGCUAGCAAAAGAGUGGGGACUUAAGGACCUCCCUCCUAAAAGGGGGGCCCACUACUGCUUCUCCCCACUAUAGGAGCCCAGUACUUCUCUGCACUCUCCUUCCCCCCCAAAUAAAAUAAAGCUAAA